UCCACCCUCCCUCCCACAGUCUCCUGCACGGGGCUGCAGCAUAUGAGAGGGUCUCCCGGGUCUAGCUUCACUGCAGUGUAGAGAAGGGCAGGGCGUCAGUUUCAGUACGAUGCUCUGAAGGAUGGUGCACCAGGAGAAACGCGUUUACCAGGCCCAGCGGAAUGAGAGAGAGUCCAUCAGGCAGAAACUUGCCCUUGGCAGUUUCUAUGACGACGAGCCAGUCAUCUACACCAGCUGCAGCAAGAACGGCCUAUCCUCCCGGCUCCAGAGUGGGGUGAACCUCCAGGUGUGUUUUGUUAAUGACAGCAGCAGCGACAAAGACAGCGAUGCUGAGGACAGCAGGACAGAGACCAGUCUGGACACACCGCUGUCCCCUCUGAGCAAGCAGAGCUCGUCUCUAUCGGACCGGGACACGGCGGAGGAGGACUCGGACCCGCUGGAUGACUGCGGGGGGUUCUGGCGGGUGCAGCGGAGGCUGCAGGAGGAGGCCCGGGUGGCGUUGGCUCUGGCUCGACCCAUGGCCCGUAUGCAGGUGGAGGUGGAGAGGCAAAUCCAACUGCACAGGCGUUCUCCUGUGGCCGACUUGCUUCCCCACAUGCCCCACAUCAGCGAGGGCUUGAUGAAAAGGAAUCUGAGGCGAGGGGACAUGAGGGACAUGAGUCUAGGACAGCUGCAAGUCAUCACAAAUGACCUUCACUCCCAGAUUCAGAGUCUAAACGAGGAGCUGGUGCAGUUGCUGCUGAUCAGGGACGAGCUGCAUGUGGAGCAGGACGCCAUGCUGGUGGACAUAGAGGACCUCACCAGGCACGCUCACAGCCAUCAGCGGCACCAAGCCGAGAAAGCCAUCUCCAAAUAAGCACGCCGCCUGCACGCCGUCUUACGUCUCGCUCCGUGGACUGUGCCCGGUGUGGCCAACGAAACUCCAACCGCGCUGGCUGUUGUCCGGAGAAAUGAGUACGGAGCGUAUCCCCAGUGUCAACUCACAGACUUACCACACAAAUGUAACGCACCACAGAAUGUCGUCAAGGGUCAGAGGACGUCUUCGAGACUUUUGAGUUAUGGCAGGUUUUUCACUUCCACUAAGCACCAUUCCUCAUGCUGUGUUUAGGGAAUCCUCUCGACUUAAUUGCAUCCCCCCCCCCCCCGAACCCCCCGAUUUACCUCUUGAUGAUUUUUAUUGGUACGCUCAUGUUAAUUCUGGGAUAGAGAGAGAGCACCUGCACGCCUUGUUUCUUCGUUGUCUGAUGACUUCUAGGGGCCACACCUGACUGCACUUUGUCUUUUGUUUUUCUCUAAUAUUCAAUAUCAAAAAAUGUAUGAGCAGAUCUGUAGAGACUCUCUUCACCUAUAUAUCAUUGUUUCUACUAUGAGCACUGUGUCAUUGCUGUUUAUGUACGAGUCUCUGAGCAUUAGAAAACAAUAAAGACUGGGCAGAUUUGUAGCUUAGCUUCACAGUGGUGUUGGAUUGCUCCAGCAGCUUCACAAAGGUAUUUCUUUGUUGUUUCGAUCGCUGCUACAGUUUCCGCCUACAUUACAAAUGCAUUACAGAACUGUACUGAACAAUUGUAACUUUAUUGACUUAGCAGGUAAAAUACAAAUGACAUGAAACUGAAGGAUUUUUCUCAAGCAGUGGAGACAUGACAAUAUAAAAAAAAGAAAUAUGCAAAGUCAUUUUUGUUAUGCUUAAUUGGCUGAUGCUAAAAAGGGUAAACAAGAAAUAUAAAUAUAUAUAUAUAUAAAUAAAUCACAGCCAAAUAAAUAAUUUGUUUUGAGAAUUAAUGGACAUACUGUUUGUGAAUGUUAAAAGAUAAUUUAUUAAAAGGAUGAAGAACAUGCCUUUUUGUGUGGCUUUGUUUAAGUCUUUCACGGUAAGAAUGUUAUUCAAAACAAAGGCAAAUAUUCUUUUCUAAUAUGUUUUAGUGAUACAUGUAUCGUAUAAUGAUUGUAAAAUCUAAACUCCAGUAAUAAAUGUUUCAAGUGUG